CUAUUGGAAGACUUUGUGAAAAAUGUGAUGGCAAAUGCGUGAUCUGUGACUCCUAUGUGCGGCCCUGCACUCUCGUGCGCAUAUGUGAUGAGUGUAACUAUGGCUCAUACCAAGGACGCUGUGUGAUCUGCGGGGGUCCGGGAGUGUCUGACGCCUACUACUGCAAGGAGUGCACCAUCCAGGAAAAAGAUAGAGAUGGUUGCCCUAAGAUCGUCAACCUGGGCAGCUCCAAGACAGAUCUCUUCUAUGAAAGGAAAAAGUACGGCUUCAAGAAGAGGUGAUCCUAUCAGUACAUGGCUAUACCUCCUGUCAGGUUGGCGAGAGGGUCUUGGAACAUCUCUGGACUUUACUAUUAUUAAAAACUGGUUGAUUAUUUUUUUUCUAAAGCAGUAC